AUGUAUAAAUUGUACCUUUUGGUUCUUGCUGUGCUCUGCAGUAGCCAGUCCUCCUUAGCUGGCUUCUUGGGUGGCUAUGGCGGUGGAUAUGGUGGUCAUGGCAUAAGUUUGGGUUACGGCGGUGGUCAUGGCAUCAGCUAUGGUGGCGGCUAUGGCGGUCAUGGUUAUGGUGGUGGUUAUGGCGGUGGUGCUAUUGCUAUUGCUGCGGCUCCCGUUGCAGUGGCUGCACCUGUGGUAACUAAAGUUGCAGUGUCCCAGCCCAUUAUUACAAAGACCAUUACACCCGUUAUUACCAAGACCAUUAGUGCUGCACCAAUUACUGUCACCAAAGUAGCUGCCCCAGUAAUUGCCGCACCUGUAGUUGAAGCACCCGCCUAUAUUGGCGGCGGUUAUGGUGGUGGUUAUGGCGGUGGUAUUGGUCAUGGCAUUGCCAUUGGUGGUCUCUAUGGCGGUCAUGGUGGCUAUGGUGGUCAUGGUUAUGGCGGUCAUGGUUGGUAA